CGCAAUAGUUUUUGUUGUUGGGAUUUUUGUCUGUUGUAAUUUAUUAAUUUUAUGAUCAGUUUGAUUUUAAGUGUCUCGGGUAAUUGUUGUCCUCGGUGCGGUUUUUUUUGUGAAAAACUUUUAUUGUUUUAAAAAUUUUGUUUAAUUAUUUUCAAAAUGUUUCCCGAUUUUUAUGUUCACAAAGAUUUCUUUAUGGAACAGUGGUUUGGUCAUACAAAUCAUAAACAUCAUUAUCAUCGUUCCAUGUUUUCGUCACGUUUAAGAAACGUUUUAACUCCAUCGGUCGAUAUGAAUGGCUAUAGUCGUAAAUCUCCCUCAAAGCGUCGCUAUGAAGGUUCCAAGUAUUCUGUUAGAAAUUCAUCUGAAUCUGAGGAGAAAAGUCCUCAAAAUAUGAAAAUAUCUUCAUCUGGCGAUAUGAAUGGUUACAGUCGUAAAUCACCCUCAAAGCGUCGUUAUGAGGGUUCAAAGUAUUCAGGCACCCCCAAAAAGAAAACUAGAACCAGUAAGGAACGUGUACCACAACCAAAAAAUACAGUUGCCAUGUUAAAUGAACUGCGACAUGGUCUCGUUUAUAAAUUGGAAUCACAGAGUGGCCCAGUGCAUGCACCAUUAUUUACAAUUUCUGUUGAG